CUGCAGCCGCGGGAGGGAACCGGAGGCCGGGAGCGCUGCUCCGUCUGCCUGCCCGCCCGCGCUGCAGAUAACGGGAUCCAGCGAGCAAGCCGGGCCGGCAUGCUGAAGCAGGGCGUGUGCCAGGAUGAGUUUAAAAGAUGCUGGUGGUGCAGUGUGCCAAGACAUGGCGGCCUACAACCUCCACAUUUACCCCCAGCUCUCGACAGAAAGUGCCUCCUGCUGCAGGGUGACGGCCACGAAGGACGCCACCACCGCUGAAGUCAUCAGGGAUGCCAUUGGUGCCUUAAACUUGGAUGUGUCUAAGCACUAUGUGCUUGUGGAGGUGAAGGAGUCUGGGGGGGAGGAGUGGGUGCUGGAUGGGAACGACUCUCCUGUCCACAGGGUCUUGCUGUGGCCUCGCCGGGCCCAGGAUGAACACCCUCAGCAAGAGGGCUACUAUUUCCUUUUGCAAGAGAGAAAUGCUGAUGGGACCAUCAAAUAUUUUCACAUGCAACUGGCCUCUGGGGAGGAGCAGGAGGAGGAGGCCCGGCGGCUGGUCGAAAGGGGUUUCCUCCCAUGGCAGCAGGAAGACUUCAACGAUCUGUGCAACCUCCCCAACUUGACGGAGACCACGCUGCUGGAGAACCUCAAGAGGCGCUUCUUGAAGCAGAAGAUCUACACCUAUGUCGGGAGCAUCCUAAUCGCAAUCAACCCCUUCCAGUUCCUGCCCAUCUACAACCCAAAAUAUGUCCAGCUGUACCAGAACCACCAGCUGGGGAAGCUGGAACCCCACAUCUUUGCGAUUGCUGAUGUGGCCUAUCACACUAUGCUCAAGAAGCGUGUCAACCAGUGCAUCGUCAUUUCUGGGGAAAGUGGGUCUGGGAAAACGCAAAGCACCAACUUCUUGAUUCACUGCCUCACUGCCCUGAGUCAGAAGGGCUACGCCAGCGGAGUAGAGAGGACCAUCCUGGGAGCUGGGCCUGUGCUGGAGGCUUUUGGAAAUGCAAAGACAGCCCAUAAUAACAACUCGAGCCGCUUUGGGAAAUUCAUCCAGGUCAACUAUUUGGAGAAUGGCAUCGUCCGGGGGGCUGUCGUUGAAAAGUACUUGCUUGAAAAAUCUCGUUUGGUGUCUCAGGAGAAGAACGAAAGGAAUUAUCACGUGUUUUAUUAUUUGCUGCUUGGUGCCGGUGAAGAGGAGCGGAAGGAAUUCCACCUCAAGCAGCCUGAAGAUUACUUCUACCUCAACCAGCAUAACUUGAAAAUCGAAGAUGGAGAAGACUUGCAACACGACUUUGAACGGUUAAAGCAAGCCAUGGAGAUGGUUGGGUUUCUCCCAGCAACAAAGAAACAAAUUUUUUCAGUGCUGUCUGCUAUUCUUUACCUGGGAAAUGUUACCUACAAGAAGAGGGCGGCAGGUCGAGAUGAGGGGUUGGAAGUGGGACCCCCUGAAGUGCUUGACAUCCUCUCCCAGCUUCUGAAGGUGAAGCGCGAAAUCUUAGUGGAAGUGUUGACGAAAAGAAAAACAGUGACUGUGAAUGACAAGCUCAUCCUGCCCUACAGCCUCGGUGAAGCCAUCACUGCACGGGACUCCAUGGCCAAGUCACUGUAUAGCGCUCUCUUUGAUUGGAUAGUUCUACGAAUUAACCACGCGCUCCUCAACAAAAAGGACAUGGAGGAGUCUGUCACGUGCUUGUCCAUUGGGGUCCUUGAUAUUUUUGGCUUCGAAGACUUCAAAACCAACAGUUUUGAGCAGUUCUGCAUAAAUUAUGCCAACGAACAGCUGCAGUACUACUUCAAUCAACACAUUUUCAAGCUUGAACAGGAAGAGUAUCGGAGUGAAGGCAUUGCAUGGCACAACAUCGCCUACACCGACAAUGUGGCCUGCAUCCACUUGAUCAGCAAGAAACCCACCGGCCUCUUUUACCUCCUAGAUGAGGAAAGCAACUUUCCUCAUGCCACCAGCCAGACACUACUUGCAAAAUUCAAGCAGCAGCACGAAGACAACCGAUUCUUCAUUGGGACCCCUGUCCUGGAACCCGCAUUCAUCAUCCAGCACUUUGCAGGCAAAGUGAAGUACCAGAUCAAGGAUUUCCGUGAGAAGAACAUGGAUUACAUGCGGCCAGAUAUUGUGGCCUUGCUACGAGGCAGCGACAGCGCCUAUGUCCGCGAGCUCAUUGGGAUGGACCCGGUGGCCGUCUUCCGUUGGGCCACUCUGCGUGCCGCCAUUCAGGCCAUGGCAGUCUUCGCAGAAGCGGGUCGCCAGAGAGCUCAGAAGACAGCUGGAGUAGUGCGUCAUGGGCCCCGAGUCCCCCUUGGAGAAUUGCAGCAAGCCAACACCCCGAUUGAAAGAGCUUACCGCUGCUCAGUGCUUGAUUUCUCAUUUGAUUGCUCUGAGGAUUUUGAUCUAAGCGCUUUUGAAGACAUCAUUGCUUCAUACGAAAGCAAGAAGGAUUUGCAUGAGCAAAUAGUCAGGAGCAUAAAGGGUCUGCCCUGGCAGGGUGAAGAUCCCCGCAGGCUUCUCCAAUCACUCGGCCGGCUCCAGCAACCCCGUUGCCACUUCCUGAAGAGUAGAGGGACCAAGCAAAAACAGCUCAUCCCAAAGAACCUGCUGGACUCCAAAUCCCUGAAGCUUAUCAUGAGCAUGACGUUGCAUGACCGGACCACAAAAUCCUUGCUGCACCUGCACAAGAAGAAGAAGCCACCGAGCAUCAGUGCUCAGUUCCAGACUUCCCUCAACAAGCUCCUGGAGACCCUGGGGAAAGCAGAACCGUUUUUUAUCCGUUGCAUUCGCUCCAAUUCUGAGAAGAGGGAGCUGUUCUUUGAUGAGAGGCUAGUGCUACAACAAUUGAGAUAUACUGGAAUGUUGGAGACAGUGAGAAUCCGGCGGUCUGGCUACAGUGCCAAAUUUACCUUCCAGGAUUUUGUAGACCAGUUCCAAGUGCUGCUGCCCAAGAACACCAAAGCCUCCAAGGAGGAGAUCUUUGUUCUGCUGACCAAGUUGGAACUGGACACCAGCAGCUAUCAGAUAGGGAAGACCAAGGUGUUCAUGAAGGAAGCGGUGCGGCAGGUGCUCCAGGACACUCUGCACAAAGAAGUCAUCCGGAAGAUUAUCCUCCUCCAGAGCUGGCUCCGGAUGGGGCUGGAGAGGAGGCGCUUCCUCCGGAUGCGCCAGGCAGCCAUCACCUUGCAGGCUUUUUGGCGAUCACACUGUGACCAGAGGGCACGAGACAGGGAAAAUGCCGCAGUCUGCAUCCAGGCAGUAUGGCGUGGGUACAGGGAGUGGAAGUCUUACCAGCAACAGAGGAAAAGGAUUUGCCACCUUCAGGCUGUCAUCAGGGGACACCUGCAGCGCAAGCGAUUUCAUCAAAUGGUUGCAGAGGAGCAGAAAGAGGAAGUUGAGCUGCAGGAUAACAGUCAAGAGGACAGGCUGAGCCAGGCAGAGGAAGUUUCCUCGGACCAGAGAGCAGUGGAACCCGAGAUGCAGCUGAGCCACAGUGCUGGACUGGUGGCCGAGGACGGGGCUGAGAACAAGCCAGCGGAAAAGCUGGCGCCCUUCUCCCAGAAAAGUGCACCCAGCAGUCGGGAAAAGCGGGAAUCCCGCCGGCAGAGGGGUUUGGAGCACAAUGAGUUACAGAACAAGCAUGUGGCAUCUGGAGCCCUUAGCAGGGAAGGCAGCCCACCUCAAGAGGAGGAGGAGGAGGAGGAGGAGGGCCAAGAGUCUGGGCAGGUUGUGAAGGAGGAGGAAGCUUCUUCUAAACCCUCAGAAGAGGGACCACGUGGGACUGAGGAGCCACCCCUUCCUUUGGACAUUGGUCCUCUGGUUUUGAAUCCACCCUCUGGGUCAAAGCAGGAAGAGGUUGGGGUGGCCGCUGUGAACACAAACAGGUUGGAAAGACCAGAGAACCACAAGAGCCAGAUCCGAGGCAGCCAGAGCUUCACGUGUCCUGUGAGGCCCUCGGAGCUGACCAUAGACCUCCCAAGCAACCUGUCUGCCAGCAAGAGCUUCCGGGGCUUCACGGAGCUGUACAACACCCAGAAUAAGGAGGGGGCUCCGAAGGAAUUGGGUAGCCCCACGUCCUUCCAGAUCCAGCGGUACCAGGAUGACCCUGAGAAGCUGCGGGACAAGAGGGAGAGAUGGAAGGGGAAGAGGCGCCUCGGUUGCAGGCCAAGCAAUGUCCUCAGCCAGUCCCUGGAGGAGAGAAGCGAGCCUAGCCCACCUUCACCCCCACGGCUCGUAAAGAAAGAGACAGCUUCGUCCUUGGAUGACCUUCACAAAGUUGCCCCACCCGCUGCCACCGGCCAGCAGUCUCCUGACACCUCAGAGAGCAACAGGAGCAGCAAGAAACAGCUCAGACCCAGAGAGGCUGGGGAGCCACCCACUGUCCUUGGCGUGGCUGCCCCGACGUCUGUGCCUGGCCAGCAAGGGGAUGCCAAGCCCACUUUCAGGAUCCCCCUGAGGAGGCUUCUGGGGAAGAAGAUGGAGAAGAAGAUGCUCAGGGACAGCUCUGAUGGGGCAGAGGAAGGGGAGGCCCUCCCGCUCCUUUCAUGCAUGUUGGCAACGGAGGAAAAAACCAUGGAAGCUACUUCCUGGCACCUGAAUCACCCCCAGGAUGAGGAACGUCAUGCAAAGGAAACGAGCAAAGCCAAGAGAACCCGUACCCUUAAGAUCAGCAAAGCCAAGGCAGCACCUGAAAAAUGGCGGGCACCUUUCUUACGAGAGAUUGCCAAUGCCAAUGAGCUCAAGUACUUGGAUGAAUUCCUCCUGAACAAGAUCAACGAUCUCCAUUCCCAGAAGUCUGCCGGUGAAUGCUUGUUUUUUGAAGCCACGGAAAAGUUCAGAGGGAACAUCAAAACCAUGUACUCUGCCCCCAAUGGACAGAUCCACGUUGGCUACCGGGACCUUAUGGACAACUACCAGCUCCUUGUGGUCAACUUGGCAAAGCAGAGGGAAGAGAAGGACGUGAAGCUGGUCUUGAAUCUUUUCCAGUCCCUCCUGGAUGAAUUUGCCCGCAGCUACACCAAGCGGGAGCUGGAGCAUCAUAAGCAGAGCAAAGCCCAGAAGAAGAAGCGGAAGCAGGAGCGAGUGAUCGAAGAGCUCAAUGGCCACGUCUUUGUGAGCUACCAAGUGAACAUCCUCCAGUCCUGUGAGCAGUGCAGCUCCUACAUCUGGCCCAUGGAGAAGGCCUGCCUUUGCAGCAUUUGCAAGCUGACGUGCCAUCAGAAGUGCCUCUCCCGGGUCCAAAGUUGCUGCACAUCGUCCUCUGGGAAGAAGCUGCAGGAUGACCAAGAUGCAGAGCCCCGCCACUUCGGGGUGUGUGUUAGUGCCUUGACCAGUGAGAAGAACUCCGUCCCCCUUGUCAUGGAGAAGCUGCUAGAGUAUGUGGAGAUGCAUGGCCUGUACACCGAAGGCAUCUAUCGAAAGUCAGGCUCAGCCAAUCGUAUGAGGGAGCUGAAGCAGUUCCUGCAGGCAGACCCAAACUCGGUGCAGCUGGAGAAUUACCCGGUUCACACUAUCGCAGGCAUCUUCAAACAAUGGUUGCGGGAACUGCCUGACCCACUCAUGACAUUUGCCCAGUACAAUGACUUCCUCCGGGCAGUGGAGCUCCCCGGCAAGCAAGAGCAGCUCUGCGCCAUCUACAGUGUCUUGGAGCAGCUCCCGCAAGCCAAUCACGACACUCUGGAGAGGCUCAUCUUCCACCUUGUCAAGGUGGCUCUUGUGGAAGACAUCAACCGCAUGUCACCCAACGCCCUGGCCAUUGUUUUUGCCCCCUGCCUCUUGCGUUGCCCAGACAACUCCGACCCCCUCACCAGCAUGAAGGACGUCUCCAAAACAACCACCUGUGUGGAGAUGAUAAUCAAGGAGCAGAUGAGGAAGUACAAGAUUAAGAUGGAUGAAAUUUGCCAGCUGGAGGCAGCAGAGAGCAUUGCCUUCCGGCGGCUGUCGCUACUUCAGCAGAACACGUUGUGGCCUGUAAAACUUGGUUUUUCUUCCCCCCGGGUAGGAGCACUGAGCAAAAGCCCCCCAGGCACAGGAGCAAACAGCAGCAGCUCCCCAAAGCUGGCUUUUCUGCCAGAGGAAGAGGAGGCAGCAGAAGCCGACAAUCGGGAGAAGGAACUGCUGAUGGAACGGAUCCAGUCAAUCAAAGAGGAGAAGGAAGACAUAACGUAUCGGCUGCCAGAACUUGACCAGCGGGGGUCUGAUGAGGAGAACCUCGAUUCAGAGACCUCGGCCAGCACAGAGAGCCUGCUGGAGGAACGGGGGGGUCCAGUGGAGCACCCUGCUCAGCGCUAAGGAGCUUCCCUUCAUCCAGCCACUGAGGAUGCAGCGGGACCACUGGGUACUUUUGAAUUCCAGCCACAGCCAUCUGCUUUUCCUCUGCGAGGCGCUGGUGGUCUUCUCUGGCACACAAGAGGAGAGUGCUUCAGCCAACUCCAGUGAUGCCCACAGCCAAUAUCAAACUCUUUCUGGGACUGCAGUGCUGAGAGAGUCCUUCCCAGCCCAGCUUUUCCUCUGCUGGAGGAGCUGGCAGCAGUCAAGCAAUGGGUCACCCACAGGCCUGGCUCAGGAUACACCAGCCAGACAGCUGCACGCACAAGCCCCAAAGGAGCUCUUCAGAGCCUUCGCCGAAGGCAGGCGGGUCUGGUACUUGGAGCCCUGGUGCUGGGGAGCAAGGAAGGGUCCUGGCUGUGCAUGCACUUUGGUCUCAGCACAGCCACGACCCUCUUCAGGAAAGCCCCCUGCUCGUUCCCCGGCUUCUCUGGUCGGAGGCUGGGUCCGUUCCCCGCCCCCCCCCCUCUGGCUUUUCCUUCUUGUGCCUUUGCUUGCAGCAGGCUCCAGCAGGGCAGGAAAGGAGGCCUGAGAGACAAUGGACAUUUCUGCUUUAACUCUGUCUUGACUCCUGUCCUGUUUUUACAAUGACAUUCCAAGUGGUUUACAGAACUUUUAAUUUUAUAAUAGCCAAUUGAUUGAUGGAGACCAAAAAUGUAUCUGGUGUUUGUACUAAUACAUUGCACUUUUUGGAAAAAAGUACACGAGUAUAUUUGGU